UGACGAUUGUACUGUAUGAUCAUGUUCUGUUUUCUGCUUUCAUUAUUAGCAGUAAUGUGGAGAGAGAGAGCACAGCUGUUGAUCAGUAAAGCGUAUUUCCUCCUAGGCGUGUCUGUCUGAGCCAGGCUGAAACUUUCACUUCUGCAGUGCUUCAAUCAACAUGUUUGUGUUAGACAUGAGCUUCUACAGUCACGCGUACUCCGACACGACCGAUGAGCUUGCGACUUUGGGGUGGUACCACUAUGACCUGUCCCGUCAUGCUGCAGAAGCCCUCCUCUUGUCCAAUGGCACUGAUGGAAGUUAUCUCCUGAGAAACAGUAAUGAGGGACCAGGCUGCUUUGCCUUGUCUGUCAGGGCCAAGGAUUCGGUCAAGCAUUUUCACGUGACACGCAAAGAUGGUGGCUAUGCAUUUGGCUUCAAUGAGUUUGCAACCCUUCAAGACUUUGUCCAUCACUUUGCAAACCAGCCUCUGCUGGGCAGCGACACAGGAACUCUAAUCGUACUGAAGAGUCCGUACCCAUGGCGUGUGGAGGAACCGUCUAUCUACGAGUCUGUGCGAGUUCACACAGCCAUACAGACGGGCCGCACAGAAGAUGACCUUGUGGCCAAUGCACCAUCGCUGGGCACAAAAGAAGGAUAUCUGGUGAAACAAGGAGCGAUUGUGAAGAACUGGAAACAGAGGUGGUUCACACUGAACAGAUAUGAGCUCAAAUAUUUCAAAGACAAAAUGUGUGAGGACCCCAUUAAAACACUGGAUCUGACAGCCUGCUCUGCAGUCCAGUUUGACUAUUCUCAGGACAGAGUCAACUGCUUCUGCCUGGUGUUUCCUGAGAGAACAUUUUAUCUUUGUGCAAAGACGGGUGUGGAGGCAGACGAGUGGAUCAAGAUUCUGAGGUGGAAGCUGUCCCAGAUGAGAAAAGGUCGAUGAUUGCCAUCAGUGAAAACACACACUAUGGACAAAAGCCCCAUCUUCCAAGAGGGUGUGACAUCAGCUGGAUGAAGAAUGAAGAAAUAUGGUCAUGUCUGGAAAAUGAACUUGCUCAUGAAAAACACUGGUACACACUUCCCUGAGUGGACUCUACAUAGGAUGCUAAUUUGGGUGGGACUCCAUUUUGCUUCAAGACAUUCAAUUUUUCAAAUUGAUCUAAAGAAAAUGAGGGCUUGAUGUUAGCAACUGAAAUCCUUAAAUCCUGCACCCUUCGCUGACUUCGAUAAAGUGUGUGCCUGAGUGCAAGAGGCAUGAAUAGGAAUUAGAUAGGACAUAUUCCUACCAUAGCAAAUAAUUAAGAUUAAAAGGUGCUAUAGAGAUCGGGACAUCACGUCACUCAGUAUUUAUUAACUGCUAUCAGCCUAAGAUGUGGCAAAAUGAACAGGAUCGGAGCUGGAUUCAACCUGUCAGAGUUCAGUGUUCACUUUAAAUCAACCGAGAUCGACCGAUAUAUAUCGCAAGACAGACAGAAAGUAUUUGAUCAUUAUAAUGCCCCAGAUGUGCUUUUUGCAAGUUUGGUACCAUAACAUCAGGACGUUAUAUCAGACCUGCAGUAUCCUGACAUCUUCAACUUCCUGAUAAACUUCCCUUCAUCUUACUCCAAAGAGUCACUGAAGGCUUAUAAGAGCUUGGAGGGAAACAAAUGGAUUCAAUCUGGCUUUGAAACAAACAUUCAACAAGAUCAAUCACAGGGCAAUUCAGAGAGAGCAGGGGCUCCUAUUGGCUGUUUCACUGCACCUACUACUACUAUACAGGUCUCUCUAAUUAAAUAAUAUCUAGUCCAGCACAACAGUUGUUUGCACCCUGCAAAAAAGAGAAGGAUUCUAAGAGUCACAAAACGUGUUUAACUGGUAUUGAAAUAACUUUAAUUAAACUCAAUCAUUUUAAUUUGGUGAAAGUGGAAACUUCUUUUCAGUUGUUUUUUUACUUAAAGAGUGGUCGAGGGAUUAUUUAAAAAUAAUGGCCUUAUUGCCAUCUAAAGAAAGUAAUAGCAUAAUCUUACAUUCCUGUAAUUAUUCUCCUACCACAUGGCUCUUCUUGGGGUUUCUUUAAUUUUUCUUUCCAGUUAAUGGGUUUUUUGGGGAGUUUUCCUGACCCGAAUCCAGGGAUGUAGGCAACAAUGCAAAAGGACUUCUGUAGUAUCUGAUGUAGAUGAACACAUUAACACAGCUACAUUUUGUCUCGAAUAAGUUAGAGAUGUGUAUUCCAUUGCAGUUGAAAAGUAACCAGGAAAUUCCUCAUGGGGGUCACAAGUAUGACCCAGGACAUAUUUUAUGACACAUUUAUGGGCCAAUUCUGGGCCCGUCCUAGAAAAGGCUUUUUUGAAGAAACGCAGAUACUCCCUAUAUAAUAAGUGGUUCCAAGGUCAAAUCUGUUGUUGAUUCUCUAAUAUUUACGAUAUGUUUACAUUGAAGAGUAGAUGUAUGUUCUGAGAAGCUGUCCUUCUAUAUACUGAGACGUGGUACCUAAAGACAGAAGGGCACCAUUGUUUGUCUUCUCUGUCCAUCACAAGGAGGGGCUUCUAGACUGAAGAUAGAAUACCUAAAAUGGACAAAUGUGAAGUAUAAGAUGAUGAUGUCAGAGAAACCCUUAAAAGUAUGCUCCUAUGCAGGCAGAAUUGUUCAGAGAUUCGGCAAGAACACGUUUUCCCAAGCUGCUGCAGCGCUCAGUCUGAUGCUUGACUUAACCAAAUAAAAUUCCUUUUGUUCGGUACAA